AUGGCUAAGACGUCGCUAGAUAAGCUGACGGUGGUGCGGGGGACGCCAUCGCUGGUGGCGCCGGCGCGGGCGACACCGCGGGAGAGCAAGCCGCUGUCGGACCUCGACGACCAGAAUUGCACACGGUUCUACAGCACCUCCAUCCACCUCUACCGCGGCCACCCGAACAAGCAACGCAUCGACCCGGCGGCGGUGGUGCGGUGCGCGCUCGCGGAGGUGCUGGUGCACUACUACCCUCUCGCCGGCCGUCUUCGCGAGGAGGCCGGACGGAAGCUGGUGGUGGACUGCGCCGGACAGGGCGUGGCAUUCGUGGAGGCCGACGCCAACAUCACGGUUGACGACCUAGGCGACGUGCGGUAUCCGCCGUUCCCGCGUUACAAGGAGUUCGUCUACGACAACCACGUCUACAUGGCCGACUGCCCGCCCGGCCUGCUGCUACACGAGAUCAUCGACCAGCCACUGCAGUUCGUCCAGGUAACGCGGCUCAAGUGCGGAGGCUUCGUCGUCGGCACCCGAACUUGCCACUGCCUCGGCGACGCCCCCGGCGUGGCGCAGUACAUGAAGGCCUUCGGCGAGAUCGCCUGCGGAGCCGAGGAGCCAAGUGUGCCGCCCGUCUGGGCCAGGGAGAUAUUCAACGCGCGGCAGCCGCCAUGCCCUUCCUUCCCGCACCACGAGUACCGGGAGCCCAACGGCGACCACGACCGGCUUGCCUCCACACCGGCGCGCGAUCUGGCACGCGUCCAGUUCUCAUUCGGCCCCGAGGCCAUCGCCGCGCUGCGCAGCCGGACGGCGCCGGGAACGCCGGCAUCCCGGUUCGACCUGGUGACGGCCUGCGUGUGGCGGAGCCGCACGGCGGCGCUCGGCUACGCCCCGGGGGACGAGGUGCGGCUGAUGAUAGACUGCAACGCGCGCGGCCGGCGCCCGGGCACCUUCGGCCGCGAGAUCCCCGCCGGCUUCUACGGCAACGCCUACGCCUACGCGGUGGCGCGCUGCAAGGCCGGGGACCUCUGCGGCCGCGGCAUCGGCUACGCGGUGCGGCUCAUCCGGGAGGCCAAGGAGAGGAUCACGUACGAGUACAUGCAGUCCGUAGCGGACCUGAUGGUGCUGGAGGGCCGCCCCGUGUACGCGUGGAAGCGGACCUUCCACGUCUCCGACCUCGGCCUCGCGGGCUUCGACGACGUCGAGUUCGGCUGGGGGAAGGCCGUCUACGGCGCCGCCGCCGACGACGCCCUCCACGAGUUCCCAGGCGGCGCCAACUUCUUCCAGCGGCGCAAGAACCACAGGGGCGAGGACGAGACGUUCGUCGGCAUCUACCUCCCUCAAGAUUGCACGGCGAGGUACCAGAACGAAGUGGAGGCCCUCACCACCUUCACCAAGCUGUCCAUGGAGUUGGCUCCCGUUACGACCACCUUACGUGCCCGCUAUUAA